AUGGCUCCUCCUCCUCCGCGUCCAAUCGUCGUUCGUCAAGUUUGGCAAGACAACCUCGAGCAGGAAUUUUCCGAAAUCGCAAGAGCUCUCUCCCAUCAUCAUUUAGCCGCCUUCGACUCUGAGUUCCCCGGCGAAGUCUUCCCUUCUACCAGCCGCCACUACUCCGAUAUGUCUUCCGCUGAGAAUUACCUGCAUAUGAAGCGCAACGUGGAUGCCACUAAGAUCAUCCAAUUGGGUCUCACUCUCUCGGAUGCUAAGGGGGAUUCUUGCUAUGUUUGGGAGUUUAAUUUCAAAGGUUUCGACAAGGAAACCGAUCUUCACAAUUCGGAGUCCAUCCAAUUACUAGAGCAGCAGGGGAUUGACUUGAAUAAAAACCGAGAAAAGGGCAUCGAAUCUAAGAAGUUUGUGAGGCUAAUCUUCAACUCUGGCCUCUUGUCGAAUUCCAAAAUCGUUUGGAUCACCUUCCACGGCGCAUAUGAUUUUGGCUACUUAAUCAAAAUCUUGAUUGGGCGAGAACUGCCAUCUGAUCUCAUGGAGUUUAUUCGUUUGGUGCUAUACUUCUUUGGGUACAGGGUGUAUGAUAUCAAACACAUGAUCAAGUCGUGUAAGGGGCUGUAUGGAGGUUUGGAGAAGGUGGCCAACACUCUUGGGGUUAACCGUGUUGCGGGGAAAAGUCAUCAGGCGGGUUCUGAUAGUUUGCUCAUCUUGCACACAAUUAUAAAACUAAAGGACGUUUACUUCGGCGGUCAGCUUUGGAUGAAUUUUCGGUUGACUUUAUACAGUCUAGAAAUCCAAACUUAA